AACUCGAACUUCAUCGAAAUCGCCGGAAUGUUAAACAUUGAAGUGCCAGCACAGUUUGUCUUAACCUUGCAAUCAGUGCCGCCUUUCGUUUUCGAAAGCCUUUUUGCCUUAGCCUUGGUACUUCUUCUGUCAGUGCCACUCUUCAACCACAUUUUUUUCCUUUUCGAUGAUCCUGGAAGAAAGUCCUCCAAGGCAUCCCUUUCUCGAAAUGUCAGUUUCUCCACAAUAAAAAAACGUACAAUCGUAAUGCAUUAUCCUGUUCCUCUGGUAAAAUCAACUUCAAGUUCGAGCCUCAGCGUAACUUUAACUCCAGUUCGAAAUACAAUUUCUUCUCCUAUUCCAAAAUCGCCUCCAUCAAAAAAAAAUAAUUUUGAAGAUCCCCUACCCCUAAACCAAUCAAAAUCAUUCGUAGCUACAAAUUCCGAGCUUCCAGUAGUCGAUAUUUCGUCAGUCAAUUAUUUAUCCUACAUACACAAAUUAAUAGAAAUUUUGUUAAAAAAACAAUGCAAUGAUCAACCACCUCCAGGAGAUUUGGUUCUGAAUUCAAUUUUUAUAAACGCGACUGACUCAAAAACAGAGAAAAAAUUAAAGGAAGAUCCUGGUCGAAAUUCCUUGAACGUUCAAGAAGAUCCAGAGCCUGUAAAAGUGAUCAAAAAAUGGGUAUGGGAUUAUUUGCAUCCCUUGGAUCAUUUUUUGGUGAAAGGGAUUAGAAAGCCAGAGACUUCAGAGAAAGGUACAGACACAAAGGAGUCGAUUUCUGAAAAUGAUGUGGUUCCUGAAUUGGUAAACUUUAAGGGGCCACCUGCAAGUCCGAAAAAACAACUAAAUUUUUAUUCUCGAAAACGAAGUAAUAAUGCUCAAGCGAAGUCUAAGUCGAUUUCUGGAAAUGAUGUGGUUCCGGAAAUUGUAGAUUCUAUGCGAUUACCGCCGUCGCCGAAAAGACAGACUUUUUAUUCUCAAAAAAGAAAUUGCAAUAGUGCAACUAAUUCUCAGUUUAAUUCUGGGAAUGUUAGUCAACGUCAAACUAAUGAUAAUGAAAAUUCGAGGAUAGAAGAUAUCAAUAAGAAUGAAAUUCCGCAUAAUGAAGCUGAACAGCCUCUUCGGAGAUCUGAUGAACCCAAAGUUGAUGUCAAGCUUGAUAGUGAUUCUCCAGAGUCACAAUCUCCACAGUUUCCAAGAAAGACCCCUCGGACACCGAAAAGACAACGGAGUACCGGAAGUCUUCAGAAACUUAAAAAAUCUGAAAAAUCAAACCAGUGCAUGAUCAUCGAUAAAAUAAAAAACCCUCAAGUAGAAGUAUUUAAUCAAAACAUUUAUUUACUAAAAAGAGAACAUAGAAAUGAUCAUUCGCAAAGUUCAAGUGAAGUUGGAAGUGAGUCAAGUAAAUUCAAAGACAGUAGUUCCUAUCGAGCAAAAUCUUUACUGAUGAAGAAAAAAAGUCGCGGAAAUACUCCCUUGUGUUCAAAUCCCUGGUUCACCGGAAGUUGCACGCAAAGUUUCAAUCGAAGAUGUCCAAAUGCAAGGCCCAGAUCAACCGGUGGAAGAUCAUAUUUCGAAAAACGCACCGUUUCAGUCAAAAAUUGGUGCAGCAAUCCAUCUUCAGCUUCUGAAAGUCGUUGCACAACUCCCAGACUAGCGACACCCAGGAAAAGAAGUACUUCUCCUCAAAGAAAUGAUAUCAUUUCUAAUAAAGAGGAUAAGGAAAAUAAAGCAGAUAAAAAUCGUCAUAAUUCUGAAGAAGCAAAUCCUAAAAAUUCGGGUCAGAAAUCUUCAGAAGGGACAUCAGAAAUUAAGUCCAGAGAUUUAAAAUCUGUGGUUUUAAAGUCUAAAAUUGUGAGAUCAACUGGAAUGAAGUCUUCUAAACCAAAAGCUUUAGUUCUAAACUCAUCGGAACUGAAAUCUUCAGAAGUUCCUAAAUCACCAGAUACAAAAUCACGUCCUAAAUCUUCAGGGGGAAAAUCUUCGAUUCCGACACCUAUUCCUUAUUCGCAAACCUUCCUGGUGUCAUCUAAAUCACCUCCUUCAAGUUCGCGAUAUUCUGAGUCACAUUUACCGCUUCAGAUGAAAAAUCAUUUAACGAAAAAUAAACUAAAUUCGGAUAGUGUACUCGUAGGGAAAAAGACUGCUUCUGAAAGCGGUUCCAAGUCUUUGGAGAGGCCAAAGAGCUCGAGGAUUAGUAAACUUCAGAGAGCAAAAACAGUUGGUUCUAUUUUGUGCAAGAAUUCUAUUUCGGGUGUUAUGAGAGAGAAGAGAGAAGGUGAUAAUGUGGUUGUAAAUAGGGAUGCGGAAAUUGUGAGGAGUCCAGAUAUUGAAGUUGUGAAUGAGAAUUUACCAAGUGUGAAGAGAAGAGCUUCAGAUAAGGGUUAUGAGGUUGUUGACAGAAAUUCAACCACUGUGAAGAGACGAGAUUCGGAACGUGCGAGGAGUUUAAGUGCUCAGAGCGAAGAGAGUUGGUUGGACGAACAAAGCACGGCACAGAUGACAAAAUGGUCUUCUUCAAACUCCCUGCACGAUUCAGGAGUUUCAAGAACGAAAACUUUUAGCACGGCGACAGUGCAGAUUUCGAAACGAAUAUCUCAGGACCGUAAAUCGAUUGAUUCGAGGUGGAGUAGACCUCGAAUCAAAUCGAGUUCUGGCUCGAAAACAAACUCGCUCUUGUUGAGAACUGAUGAAAUCAGCGAGAUCAAUUUGGAUCAGGAGAACAAAGAGCCCAAACUUCCGAAACGCGAUUCCAAAGUUGGAAUUGCCAUACAACAAGGCCUGAAAAGUUAUAUUCACAAGGUGAAGAAGACUUUGUCUGAAAGAGAGAAUUUUCUUAUAGAUUCUGAAGAGCUGGCAUCUAUGAGUCUUACUGAUGCUAUUUUGCCAGACAUUAGAACUGAUCUCAACAGAAACGAGGUUCAACAAGUCCAGCAGAUUUUGACUCAAGUUGAAAAGUUUGAUUGUAAAAAGACAGAUGUCCAAAAGCACGUGUGAUCAAUUUUUUUUAUAAAUUUUUAGUGCAAAUUGGUUUUCUAGAAAUUUAGUGAUGUACUUUUUAGCAAGUGUACAAUGUCGUUUUUGAAUU